AAAAGGCCCAUUUCUCUUUAAUGACAGGUCCAAAGCAAAAAAGUCCAAGACGAGCGGAUCAGCGACACAGAUAUUAGCAACACCUGGUGUACCGGACUCACAGAAAAUAAUCGAGAGCUUUCUGACAGCGUUCAAAUGUUAUGAACUUCUCCACUCUAAACAGGAAUUACAGAGAGAGUUUGUGGGUCUGUGUGAGGUUUGGAGAAUGGAGACGUGGACGUGGAUGGCACAUUUCCAGACAGACAUGCUGAUGUACCAGGGAGCGUUCCAGGAUGCCCUCGCCCACCUCCAGUCCUGUACACCUCUGGUCAAGGACACCAUGAAGACUCGGAGUUCCCUCCAGAUGGCAUGUUGUUUCAUGGCCUUAGGCAAAUAUAGUAGAGCAUGUGAAAUCCUGUUAGAGGUCAUAUCGUACCUUCCUGGAGGUCAGAGGUCAGAUAAAAGUACUUUACCGAGUGACUCUACCUCAGGGCGCCAUCUACUGUUAACACUAUGUACAGAGGAGGAGAUAAUUCCAUAUUGUGUUCAGCUCCUAUUGUCUUGUUUAAAGGAAAAAGCAUUAUCUCCUAAUAAAACAGAUGACACAGCCCUGGGUCACAUGGUUGUUUUAUUGCAAUAUGAUUGGCCAAGACAAGAACAGUUAUUCCAGCAAGUAGCAAAGAAGAUCAGAAGCCAAGGAUCAUUUACAUAUAACCUCUUCUUCAACUUUAUCAUAAAUAUUGAUAUCUUGGAGGAGUUUGCUUUUCUGAAAACACAAGAGGGAGGUAAAGUGUCUCUAGAUAUCCUUCCUGUGAGCACCAAGUCUAUAGCUCAGUAAGUAUAGUACAGUAUCACUAGAUAUCCUUCCUGUGAGCAGCACUGAGCACCAAGUCUAUAGCUCAGUAAGUAUAGUACAGUAUCUCUAGAUAUCCUUCCUGUGAGCACCAAGUCUAUAGCUCAGUAAGUAUAGUACAGUAUCUCUAGAUAUCCUUCCUGUGAGCACCAAGUCUAUAGCUCAGUAAGUAUAGUACAGUAUCUCUAGAUAUCCCUCCUGUGAGCACCAAGUCUAUAGCUCAGUAAGUAUAGUACAGUAUCACUAGAUAUCCCUCCUGUGAGCACCAAGUCUAUAGCUCAGUAAGUAUAGUACAGUAUCUCUAGAUAUCCUUCCUGUGAGCACUAAGUCUAUAGCUCAGUAAGUAUAGUACAGUAUCUCUAGAUAUCCUUCCUGUGAGCACCAAGUCUAUAGCUCAGUAAGUAUAGUACGGUAUCUCUAGAUAUCCCUCCUGUGAGCACCAAGUCUAUAGCUCAGUAAGUAUAGUACAGUAUCACUAGAUAUCCUUCCUGUGAGCACCAAGUCUAUAGCUCAGUAAGUAUAGUACAGUAUAUCUAGAUAUCCCUCCUGUGAGCACCAAGUCUAUAGCUCAGUAAGUAUAGGACAGUAUCA